GAAUGGAAAAUUGUGGAUGGACGGAAUGCGCAUGCGCUUACAGACAGGGGGAGUUUCUGGCGGCCGUGGCGGUUGGGUCUUCAACUCGCGUAGACGAGACAGCCAGUGGCAGUUAUCGCGUCGCGACGCUCGACGUUGUUUCGGGACGUCUUGUAGCACCUCGUGACAGAACAAUGACCGAUUUUAUAAGACGUCUAUGGUAAAAGUACGAGAGAAACGUUAGACUAAGAAAGACGGUUAAAACUUUUCGUGGAAAUAAGGUUGAUCGAGCUUUUUGACUUGACUGAAAUUCAAAAGUUUUUGCUUGACAAUGUCAUCACAGUGCUCUUUAUCAUGAAUUAUUCUAGUGUUUAUAGAGAACAUUUAAACAAUGAAUAAGCAUCGUACCAGUGAUGUAAAAAAUAUCGUUGACAACUGUAAGAACGUGAGAAUGACUAUCCUUUGUUCGUGAAUUUGUUUCGUGGUUUCGCUAUGAGACGUUGACAAAGGUGAAAGGUAGAAUAAAAAAAAGGGGAAAAAAUGGUGAGAGAAUUGUAGCAGGUUAUCCGAUCGGAUUUUCUCAUUUCCUGGUUGCGCGAGAUUUAUGUCUCCCGUUGGUUCAGUGAGUCCUAUUCUCUCUCUACUCUCUCACGCUUGUUUCUUCCAGAAAGAAUAAUUCUUCUUGGCAUUCGUAAAAUCUUAGUUGGAAGAUUUUAAAAAUUCUCAAAAGUUCCGUAGCGAUAAAUAGUUUUUCCGUGUUUUGAAUGAUAUCAGUGAUACAGAGACGUAAAGUGAAUUCGAGGAAACAGGAAAAGACAAUUUAAACGACAUAGGAAACUGCCGGCAAGUAAAUCGUGUAUUAAGGAUGGCAUGAAAGAGACAUAAGAAUGUAGGGAACACGAAAUAUAUCAAUUUACAAGAGGUUAUCUGAAGCUUGUAACUAAUAAGAACAACUCGGGUCGAACCGGUAGCGACGGCACCGGGUAGCACAUUGCCUGUAUAAAAAUGCCUGAAAGUGCCAAGGAGUCCUUUACAUAUUUUCGGUAAAGGACUCUCGUGAAAUUCCAUCAUCGAUGAACGAAUUACUCGAAUAGCUCGGAUAGCUUGGAUAACUGAGAUAACCCAAAUAACCGAAUCGAUCGAUUAUCUCACCUCGCCGAUACAUCGGAGGCGUGGCAUUCGUUGGUUCUUAAAUUUUCAAGAAAAAGAAAAAUCAAAUCACGUAUUAAUCUGAGACUGUAACGAGAUUACUAAGCACAAAAAGUUUACUAGAAAAAGAGUAAACAGACAAGCGAUACAGCAAUCCCUGAGACGCUGCUUCCAAGAAAUUAAAAUCUCUCUACGUCUUCUCCAUCUUGAGUCGGCCACGUGAUCUUCGGAAAAGUUCUAGAUCACGUUAUAUUGUCAUGUAGUGGAAUAAAAAAUUGUACCACAAACUUGUAUUCAUCCUUCGCUGACGAGAUUAACGAAGAUAAAUGGACCAGUGGAUACCUAAGAGAUAGAUCACAUACAUAUAUGGAUGCAGAAAACAAUUAAAAAACAAGUGAAAAAGGACAUUGGGUAUGUAACGUCGAAGAUUGAGUGUCAAAAGACUAUUCGGAUAAAUGAAAUAAAAGGUUAAGUAAAAAUUAAGUCCCAAGGCGAUGGAAUAAAGAAGAUUCGAAAAAUAUUCAUAAGAAAAAAAGUUGGUGAGCUUAAAGCGAAUUCGAGAGUGUCCCGCGAGUAAGACUGAUGUGUCUGAGUCCUGAGUGAAGCUUAAGGCGUGACGUUCAGGUCGAUCAGUCUGUGAUGGCAUGAAGACAUUAGUAAGGAGGUGCCGGCCCAGCGAGGAGGAGGAUGAGGAUGGUGGUGGGCAUAAUGGUGCUGGGUCAGCUUCUGACGAGGCUUCUGCUUGCGGCCCAUGCUGGGGACAGACUUGCAGCAGCCAGAAGGAUCUUGAGAGACGUUCCACUGAUAGAUGGGCACAACGACCUCCCUUGGAACAUCCGGAAGUUUCUCAAGAACCAGCUCAGGGACUUCCGGUUUGAUGAUCUCAGGGAGACUCAUCCGUGGUCCCGAAGCGCUUGGAGUCAUACGGAUCUCAGACGACUCAGGGAAGGGAUGGUCGCUGCCCAAUUCUGGUCGGCGUACGUGCCAUGUUCCUCGCAGCAUCUUGAUUCGGUCCAGCUGGCACUCGAGCAGAUUGACCUAAUACGACGUCUGGUCAACAAACAUCCACAGAGCAUGGUACUCGUUAGCAGUGCCGAUGGCAUUGAACGUGCACAUAAGGACGGUAGACUAGCCAGUCUGAUAGGCGUAGAAGGAGGACACGCCGUAGGUGCGAGUCUGGCUGUCCUGAGGAUGCUUUACGAAUUGGGAGCGAGAUAUCUCACUCUGACGCACACAUGUAACACGCCUUGGGCAGACUGCAGCACAGCGGAUGAACCUGGUCAAGUGCCUCACAUAGGCGGCCUCUCUAACUUCGGCAAGAAUAUCGUAUUGGAGAUGAAUAGAUUGGGCAUGAUGGUGGAUCUCUCGCAUGUCUCGGUGCCAACGAUGCUGGACGCGAUGGAAGCUUCCAGGGCGCCUGUCAUCUUCAGCCACAGUAGCGCUCACGCUUUGUGCAAUUCCUCGCGCAAUGUGCCUGACCAUGCGCUACGACUCCUUGCGCAGACUGGAGGAAUAGUCAUGGUCUCUUUCUAUCCACACUUCAUCAGCUGUGGAGAAAAAUCGACCCUACAGGAUGUCGCCGCGCAUAUCAACCAUAUACGAAAAAUAGCUGGAGUGGAUCACGUCGGAAUCGGAGCUGGCUACGAUGGAAUCAAUUUAACUCCUGCAGGACUGGAGGACGUGAGCAAGUAUCCCGAGUUGUUUGCCGAAUUGCUGGCGAGGGGUUGGUCGGAGAAGGACAUCCGGAAGUUGGCAGGACUGAACCUCAUACGAGUCUUCAAGGCCGUUGAAGAGGAAUAUCCAAUACCUUGGCCACCAUGCUGCCAGGUUAACCAACUAUGGACGAUAUCGGAUUUAAUAAAGCACACAAAUCAUGUAUCUGGGUUGGAUCCCUGCAAUUUUUGUUCGGUUGGAGUCCUGCCAAUCCCAGACACAGCUGCUGCUGUUGGUAAGGGAUCGUAUGACCGAGGAAGGGAUGGAACCUUUAGAAGAGGAAAUCCCUAAGGAAGACAUCAUCGGCCGUGAUUAUUGCCGCUACAAUAUCAAGCGCGUCGAUUCCACGCCUUAAAUUUCAUCCAAUUCCUGUUUCUCUAUCUAAUCCACCUAUCUGACUGUCUAUCUAUCCAUUUAAUAUUCCUUCCUUCCUUCCUUCCUUCCUGCCGUCGCCUCACGAUUAGCAGUAUUCCAAAUGCGAAAUGUCCAAUUUCAAAUGACCAAGACCCAACGUGUACAUUUAAAUAACAAUUAGCAAUAUUUCUUUUUCACAUUUCAUUUGUACUUUCACCUGUACUCGUGAAAUCGGAACCAAACAAUCUAGUCAAUAAUUCGGAAUUUGUUCGAGCGAGGAUACCUAACUGGUUUUCUAAGUGCGUAUGCGAGUGCGUGAUUGGACGAGAGUGUUUGCAUAUAUCGUGCGCAUGCGCAAGACUCACGUAUAAGUGGUAACGUGCCAUUCGUACAAAGGUACCUGAGAGACGAGACAUUUUCUCCCCAGAGUCUCCCACUCUGGAAGAAGUAUCAAAGGAUCCACUUUUGUUUAAACAGAAAACAGUCGGUUGGAUCGCUCGUCGAGUCGCCGAUCAUCUUGACUGAGUGUGUAGCGAUUGUAGCGUGUGUCUUGGAGAGAGUCUAGGAUACAGUAUAGACAUAGAUUUAAGAAAGAGUGAUAAGAUAAAAAAACAACAUACGAACCAUUACUCAUUGUUCAUCGUGCACGACUAGUCAUCGUCGAACGAUGAUAAUUUAUAUCCUUGGUCCUUUGCGUUGCGGGGCAUAUAACGAUUGUUCUCUUUUCCUGCGUUUUGGCCGAGGGACAAAUUUUCGCAAGUGCAACUGAGGUACGAUUAAUCGAAUUUCGAUUGUCACGCUCGAUACUUGUUAUUAGAGUAUUGUGAGAAAUACAAGAUACGUUUUCGGAUU